CGAAAACCAAACUUCGACGACCGCCGCAACUUUUUCAUUCUCGACAUCCCGCUACACCGAAGGACCAUUCCCUCGAGGUAUGUACGCCCUCUCCCCUCACCAGCCUCUCAGCUAGUCUGGGAAUGCAAUCAUCCUGUCGUCCUCCUACGAUUUUGAGAUUUAUCUGCCCGAUCACAGCAGGCGUGCAGGAUGAUACGCAUCUCCCAACCCGGCACGGGCUGAAGAACUCCUUUUGCAAGGAAGGGGCACUCUUUGCGCUCGAAGACUAGUGGUGGCUGACUUUAGUUGCAAUUGAACACCCCUUCUCGACUCGUAGAGCUUCGCAUUUACUUGCGAGGUUCGCAGUCGCGAUAGGGGGUUCUGUUGCGCAUCGUCGAACAGAUACCUCAUAUCCUCUCUUCCCGAUCGAUUUGAGAAUCUCGACUCUCCACAGCCGCCAAAAUGGUCAAGACUUCCGUCCUCAACGAUGCCCUCAACGCCAUGAACAACGCCGAGAAGGCUGGCAAGCGCCAAGUCCUGAUCCGUCCUUCUUCCAAGGUCAUCGUCAAGUUCCUCACCGUCAUGCAGAAGCACGGCUACAUUGGCGAGUUCGAGGAGGUCGAUGACCACCGCUCCGGCAAGAUCGUCAUCCAGCUGAACGGCCGUCUCAACAAGUGCGGUGUCAUCAACCCCCGCUACCCCGUCCAGCUCCGUGACCUCGAGAAGUGGGCUACCCAGCUCCUUCCCUCCCGUCAGUUCGGCUACGUCGUCCUGACCACCUCCGCUGGUAUCAUGGACCACGAGGAGGCUCGCCGCAAGCACGUUGCUGGCAAGCUCCUCGGCUUCUUCUACUAGAUGGAGUCGCUUUAAAAAGCAAUCCGAAAAAAAGUUGUUGUUUUGACUGGUUUCGCAUGUCUUGGGCUGGGCCCUGGGAAUGUAAUCUUACGAGUAGCGGAGAAUACCCCGAUGUCAUAGUCUACAGAGU